AUGGCAGCACCUAUGGACGAUAGUACAGCUGAUGCCCCAGCUAUUCCUGUUGGCUUGAAGAAAAUCCUGAUAAAGGAUCGUGAGUUUAUAAAUGUUGCCAACUCAUGGGUCGACAAGUGGACCAGUAUAAAUGAUCACAAAACGCAGAACGCGUACUGGUUUAUCAAGAGUUUAGCAGCAGGCGCUUUUAUCGCGAAUCAGGGGACUUGUUUCGAGACAGGCCAAUGCUUCUUGGAAUGUAUAUGCCAGGCUGUUCUCCAACUUAGGUGGGAUGGUACUGAAAUCAUCUGUAAUGCGGAAAAAUUAUCCCAAUCCACCUACAAACAAAUCGACAAGGCACCUAAAAAGUCCGAAUUACAAGAAAGGGCAGAAUUCAACUUUUGGAAAGGAGUCAAAAGUUACUACGGUGCAGAGGUAGUCGUUGGACAACCAGGUACAGCAUAUGAGAAAUAUCCAUCACACGAAGUGAUCUUUGUAGAAGAAAAAGUACUGAAACAUAAAUAUGUUCCUCUCAUUCCAUUAGCCAAAUUAAUCAUUCGCAUGAUUAUUGCUCACGAUCUUUAUGACAUCCCUGAAUCAAAGGGAAAGGAUCCAAAGAAAAUCGAAUCUUUGGAGAAAAAGUUCAGGGCACUAAAAGCUGCUGUAGGUAGCCUGUAUACCGAGGCAGUCAGUUGGAGGGACAUCUUAUAUACGAAAAAGGUAAAAUUCGUUAACCAGAAAGUAUCAAGUGCCCUUUGGAAUAGGAUUGGUGCAAAAGGGUCUAACUGUCCGUUCUCUGUCAGAACGAAAUUCGGAAAGCAAGCGAACAUAGUUGCGCUCUUUAAAAAAACCACAAAAUUAUAUGGAAAAUUGGCAUCCUCAAAAGGAACCAAAUCUAGAGAAAUUAGACAUUUUAUUGUUUUUUUUUUUAAGAAAACAUAUUCUUAA